UCUCUGUCUCUGUCUCUGUCUCUGUCUCUCUCUCCUUCGUAUAUGCAACUCGCUGUCAUACAGUGAGAUACUUAUCUCACACUCUCUCUCUCUGUCUCUACGUAUAUAUGUAUAUAUUGUUGUCGCUAUGAGUAAAGAGGCAUGUGCUCCUUGAGAUUCUCUCCUUUCUCUGUCUAAAAGCUUUGCUCCUUCCUUAUACUUGCCUUCAAAUAUCUUCAAUCUCUGCUACUUUUCCACUGCAAAUCCGUUUCAAUUGCUCCUGAAAAGCCUCCUCAAUUCCUUCGAAUCCACCCAAGUCCUGUCCCUUUCGCCCUUUCUCAACAACGUCCCGGCGUUAGUCCACCCGUCACCGCCUUGCAUGUGAAUGCGAAAUCUUUGGUUCUGCUUCUAGAAUCAGGGUGCGUUGCAGAGGAAGAUUCGAAUUGGCGAUUUCAGAGGCAUGAAUUGAAGCUCUAUUUUGAGGGAUCGUCGGGGGGAUUGAAGCUAGGGUUUCUUACUGCUUUUAAUUGUGUUCAAGUGUUGAAGAAAUGGACAAGUACGAGCUUGUGAAGGAUAUUGGAUCUGGGAAUUUCGGUGUGGCGAGGCUUAUGAGGAACAGGGAAACUAAAGAGCUCGUCGCCAUGAAAUACAUCGAAAGGGGCCAUAAGAUUGAUGAGAAUGUGGCGAGGGAGAUCAUAAAUCACAGAUCUCUGCUACAUCCUAAUAUCAUCCGAUUCAAAGAGGUGGUUUUGACACCAACCCAUCUUGCUAUUGUCAUGGAGUAUGCCGCAGGAGGGGAGCUAUUUGAGCGAAUCUGCAAUGCUGGAAGAUUCAGCGAAGACGAGGCUAGGUACUUCUUCCAACAGCUUAUUUCUGGAGUCAGCUACUGUCACGCCAUGCAAAUUUGCCAUAGAGAUUUGAAGUUGGAGAAUACCCUGUUGGAUGGAAGUCCAGCGCCACGACUGAAGAUUUGUGAUUUUGGAUACUCCAAGUCAUCUCUACUGCAUUCACGACCCAAGUCAACCGUUGGUACUCCAGCAUAUAUUGCGCCAGAGGUCCUUUCUAGGAGAGAAUAUGAUGGGAAGUUGGCUGAUGUAUGGUCUUGUGGGGUGACCCUGUAUGUAAUGCUGGUGGGAGCAUACCCCUUUGAAGAUCAAGAAGACCCCAAAAAUUUCAGGAAAACGAUUCAGAGAAUAAUGGCUGUUAAUUACAAGAUUCCAGACUAUGUUCAUAUAUCUCAAGAUUGUCGGCACCUCCUUUCUCGUAUAUUCGUUCCCAAUCCAGCCAGGAGGAUUCCUAUCAGGGACAUCAAAAUUCAUCCAUGGUUUCUGAAGAACUUGCCAAGAGAACUAACUGAAGCAGCUCAAGCCAACUAUUACAGGAAAGAAAACCCAAGCUUUUCCCUCCAGCCUGUAGCAGAAAUCAUGAAAAUUGUGGAAGAGGCUAAAGCGCCUCCUCCAUCUUCCCGCUCAAUUGGAGGUUUUGGCUGGGGAGGGGAAGAAGAUGAAGAAAAGGAGGAAGAAGAAGAAGAUGAGGAAGACGAUGAAGAAGAUGAAUAUGACAAGAGAGUUAAGGAGGCGCAUGCAAGUGGAGAGGUUCCUCUUGUUUGAGAAGAACCAUCAACCCAGAAGAUGAGACAAAUAUGACUGAAGUACGCUUAAUUUGUCUGCUUCUACUUGGUAGAAUUAGUGCCUCUACUUUGGAGUGUGUUGGUGUCAGAAUGUUUUUGUGGUUGUAUAAAGUUGGUUCAACUGCCUAGGUUAUGGGCUUGAAUAAGAAGUCUGUAAUUUUGUGAUGUUUAAGCAAAAGGUUUGUGGUCUUGAGGGAACUAGAAUAGCAUUUGUAAUUGUGUUGAACUUGAAAGUUGGGUAUAUCUCUAGGGUUUGAGUCUUGAGUGGACAUGGUUACUCUUGUGUUGCCUGUGAGAUGAGAGGAUUUAACAUUGUCAUGUCGUGUGUGCAAAGGAUGUGGAAACCGUGUUGGGAUAUAUUUCUCCUUUGCACUAAUUAUGGAGUUGUCAUCAAUGGUAUUUGGUAGCGUUUUUGUUUCUUA